AUGAAAAGAUUGACCAUGGGAGACGACAUGUGGACCACUAACACUGAGCCUAUUGCUAUCAUCGGCAGUGGCUGUAGAUUUCCCGGCGGCUCCACUACACCAUCCAAGCUCUGGGAACUUUUGAAAGAUCCCAAAGACAUCGUCAGUGAAAUCAAACCUGAUCGUUUCGACGUUGACAAAUAUUUUCAUCCAGAUCACAAACAUCACGGAACCAGCAAUGUUCGUCACUCAUAUUUUUUGGACGAAAACUUCAAGCUUUUCGAUGCCAAAUUCUUCGGAAUUAGGCCCCAAGAAGCUAUGGCUAUGGAUCCCCAGCAACGUUUUCUGUUAGAAACGGUGUAUGAAAGCUUGGAGGCGGCUGGGAUCACUAUCGGUGGUCUCAAAGGCUCUCAAACCGGAGUUUUUGUCGGAAAUAUGGGUGUGGACUAUUCGGAGCUUCUGUCACAGGAUAUAGAUGCUUUCCCUACCUACUUUGCACCUGGAACAGCGAGGAGUAUCCUGUCCAACAGAAUCUCAUACUUUUUCGACUUGCACGGUCCUUCCGUCACUGUCGAUACGGCGUGUUCUUCUAGCUUGGUGGCUGUUCACCAAGCGGUACAGAGCCUCCGCCUUGGCGAGACACCGGUUGCUAUCGUCUGCGGCGCCAACCUCUUGCUGGGCCCUGCCCAAUAUAUUGCUGAGAGCAAGCUUCAGAUGCUUUCUCCAAACGGCCGCUCACGCAUGUGGGAUGCAUCAGCUGAUGGGUAUGCUCGCGGCGAGGGCUUUGCCUCCAUUGUGCUAAAGCCACUUAGUGCCGCUUUGGCCAACGGCGACCAUAUCGAAUGCAUUAUUCGAGAGACUGGUUGUAAUCAGGAUGGCCGGACUAAAGGUAUCACAAUGCCCAGUCCACUUGCCCAGUGCAAGCUCAUACAGGAGACAUACAGGCGUGCAGGCCUCGACCUGAGCAAGAGCUCAGACAGGCCGCAGUAUUUCGAGGCACAUGGUACCGGCACCCCAGCGGGAGAUCCUGUGGAGGCAGAAGCCAUCAGCACGGCAUUCUUUGGUCCGCAGAGUGGUUAUUGCAGAAAAUCCGACGAUCCGAAACUCUACGUGGGGUCGGUCAAAACUGUGAUUGGCCAUACAGAAGGCACUGCUGGCCUCGCUGGCUUGAUUAAAGCUUCCCUUGCCAUGAAAGCUAAAAGCAUCCCGCCGAACUUGCACCUGGAACGCGUGAACCCAGCUGUUCAGCCGUUUUAUGGAAACCUUGAGAUCCCGACACGGCUAAUGGACUGGCCCGAGCCCGAGCCCGGCCAGCCCCUCCGUGCUAGCGUUAACAGCUUUGGAUUUGGUGGCGCCAACGCGCACGUCAUCUUGGAGAGUUAUACACCGCCGGCCGUUGCAGCUCUCCCUCCCAUGCCGACGUCUGGCCCUGUUUUCUCCCCUUUUGUCUUUUCCGCCAGUUCAGAUAAAGCAUUAGCAGGAAUAUUAUCUGCCUACGGCGAGUAUCUAAGUCAGCAUCCCACGGUUGACCUACGAUCCGUUGCAUAUACUUUGAGUCAGCAUCGCUCCAUUUUCGACAAGCGAGCCGUGAUUUCUGCAGCCGACCUUGACACCCUCAAGUCCAAGCUCAAGGCACGCAGCGAGGAAGCCAGUCCCAGCGCCAAGGCUGUUCAAUCUCUCGAGCGACGUCCCCGCUACCUCGGCAUCUUUACGGGUCAAGGAGCGCAGUGGGCAAGAAUGGGAGUAGAUAUCAUCACGGCAUCUCCUGCAGCCAGAGCCAUUUUUGAAGAGCUGGAACAGAGCCUCCAGACGUUGCCCGAAAAGGAGCGACCGUCUUGGUCCAUGUUGAAAGAGCUACUCGCGCCCCCGGAGACUUCGCGCGUUUAUCAGGCCCAUAUCUCACAGACCGUCUGCACUGCGGUCCAAAUCCUGCUCGUCCAGCUUUUGCGCGCAGCGGGAGUUGAGUUUUCGUGCGUGGUAGGCCAUUCUUCGGGUGAAAUAGCUGCUGCGUACACAGCUGGUUAUCUGUCCGCCAAGGAUGCCGUGCGCGCCGCAUAUUUUCGAGGUGUCCACACGCAUUUGGCAAAAGGGGCAAAUGGCCAACCGGGAGGCAUGAUUGCGGUCGGAACAACCCUUGAGGACGCCAAGGAGCUUUGCGAAGUCGACGACUUCAAGGGACGCUUAUGCGUCGCCGCCAGCAAUUCGAACGACAGCGUAACGCUUUCGGGUGAUCUUGAUGCUGUGAAAGAGGUUAAAAAGGUCCUGGACGCCGAGGGAAAAUUCAACAAGCAACUUCAGGUUGAUAAGGGAUACCACUCGCACCAUAUGUUACCCUGCAGUGAGCCGUAUAUCACUUCUUUGCAAAAUUGUGAUAUUCAAGCUCGGGUGCCGGGCGACGCCAAAGCAUGCCGCUGGAUUUCGAGCGUCUAUGUUGAUGAUAUGGCCUCACUCGACUGCCGAGUCCAGGACAAAUAUUGGGUUGAGAAUUUGGCCAAGCCUGUGCUCUUUUCUCAGGCGCUGUCCUAUGCCCUGGGCGCUGAUGACAAGUUUGAUUGUGUUAUCGAGGUUGGCCCUCACCCAGCGCUGAAGGGACCGGCCAGCCAGAUAAUCCAGAGUUGCCUUGGUGAAAAGCUGCCGUAUUUUGGAUGCUUAAACAGAGGCACCAACAGCAACGAAGCCAUGGCAGAAUGUCUGGGUGGUAUUUGGUCGUCCUUUGGUAGUUCGGCCGUCAACCUUGCCGCCUACGAAAAGUUUGCCUCUGGCAAUUGUGACCAACGCCUACUCAAAGAGCUUCCAUCUUACAAGUGGGAUCAUGACGUCGAGUAUUAUUUCCAAUCUCGUCUCUCCAAGGUUGUGUUGCACAGAGGCAGCUCGCCCAAUGAGUUGCUCGGCACUAGACUCCCCGAUGACAGUGCGGCCGAGGUGCGGUGGCGGAACAGUCUAAAUCCGGCAGAGGUUCCAUGGUUGCUACAGCAUUCGGCCCAGGGUCAGACUGUUUUCCCCGGGACAGGCUACAUCGCAACCGUGCUUGAGGCGGUCAAACAGCUAUUUGAGAGUAACGGGGUUCAAACGGUAGAGCUACGAGAUUUUGUCAUCGGCAACGCUCUAGUCAUCGAGGCAAACGCCGGUGUGGAAACGCUCUUUUCAUUAACUGGCAUCAAUAGCCAGGCAGACCGCAUCACCGCCCACUUUUCAUUCUCUAGCCAGCAGGGCAACAGCACCAAGCUAGUGGAAAAUGCAUCUGGAGACCUUACUGUGGUUCUUGGUAAGCCCUCGCAGGAUGCACUACCUAAGAACUUCCCUUCAGUUACGCAGAUGAAGGAUAUCGACGAGGCGCGCUUUUAUGAGGCCAUUGACAAACUUGGCUACGGCUACGAGGGGCCUUUCAGGGCCCUUUCAAGACUGCAACGCCGAAUGGGGGCAGCCACUGGUUUUGUGGCGGUUCCUGAAAAGACCAAACACUUUGACCAGAUGGUCUUCCACCCUGCAGCCCUCGAUGCCAUGGUGCAAACAAUUCUACUGGCCUACUGCUACCCUGGCGAUACACGUCUCCAGGGCAUUUCUCUCCCUACCGGGAUUGACUGCAUUCGAUUCAACUAUGGGAUGCUCAGUCAAGCGGCAAGACCUGGUUCUCAGCUCCCCUUCAUGUCCUUUACAGCCUUUGAGGGCGAUGAUGUCUUGGCUGGGGCCGGAAGUGACGUUGGUGGCGACGUCGACGUCUUUUCCGAGGACAAGAGCUUUGCACUGGUUCAGCUCCAAGGCCUGCACACAAAGCCACUUUCUCCACCGUCGGCCGCCACCGAUCUGCAGAUCUUUUCCGAGAUGGAGUGGAAGAUUAUAUCCCCCGAGGGAGCCGACAUAGAGGUCCGGGGUGAGAAGCGAGCCUAUGUCGCCGACUUGUUCACAUCCAUAGAGCGCGUAGCCUAUUUCUACAUGCGUCAUGUGGACCGUGAGAUUGGCAAAGACCGCUCCCGCCUGGCUGCUCACCAUGUUCGGUUUCUCGAGUGGGUUGACCACAUGUGCGGUCGCGUUGAGCAGGGGACGCUCCCUCACAUCAACCGCAAAUGGGACUACGAUACUCGGGAUGAUAUCCUGAAAAUCAUUGCAAAAUACCCCGACAGCAUAGAUCUUGAGUUGAUGCAUGCGGUGGGAGAGAAUCUUUGUUCUGUUUUCAGAGGAGAGAUGAAUCCGCUGGAGCCCAUGGUCAAAAACAAUAUGCUGAACAGGUUUUACACCGAUGCCCUUGGUAUGUCACCAUAUACCGAGGACCUCGCUCGUAUGGUGGAACAUAUCACGCAUCGCUAUCCUCACAUGAACAUACUCGAAGUCGGUGCAGGAACUGGUGGUGCGACCAAGGUUAUGCUCCGGAAGCUGAAAGAUGCUUUUGCCUCGUAUACGUAUACCGACAUCUCCAGCGGCUUCUUUGCCGACGCUCGUGAGGUGUUCAAGGCGCACGAAAGCAAAAUGGUGUUUAAAACUCUGGAUAUAGAGAAGGAGAUCGCCGAUCAGGGUUACGAGGAGAACUCGUUCGACCUUGUUAUUGCCAACCUCGUCGUGCACGCGACAGCCGACCUGGACGAAACCAUGGCCCGCCUCCGUCGCCUCGUCAAGCCAGGGGGGUAUCUUGUACUCCUAGAAAUCACCAACAACGACCCUCUCAGGUUUGGAUUCAUAUUCGGGCCACUUCCAGGCUGGUGGCUUGGAGGUGAAGACGGACGUGUCCAUUCUCCAUGUGUCGAGGUCGAAUGGUGGGAUCGUGUUAUGAAACGGUCUGGUUUCUCCGGUGCAGAGAUCGUUACGCCGCACCAUUCCUUGGGCCCACUUUCAGUGAUAAUGACACAAGCUGUCGACGACCGUGUGAGACUCCUCAAGGAGCCAACUACCGCUGAUUACAAAGAAUUCACCAUCGAUCCCGAACGAUUGACCAUAGUCGGAGGUGCCUCACAGUUGGCAAAGGGCUUGGAGCAGCUGUUGAAAUCACACUAUCAGACCGUCACAUGGAUACCCAACCUGGAGGAUGUCUCAUCGCAAAGUCUACCCGUCAUGGGAAGCGUGCUGUCUCUCGUUGAGCUUGACGAGCCCUUGUUCAAAGACAUGACGGUUCAGACGCUCGAGGGCUUCAAGCUUGUGUUUCAACAAUCCAGAAGCGUUUACUGGAUCACCUGCGGAGCUUCGGGUGCAAACCCCUACUCCAACAUGGCUGCCGGCGUAGCAAGGACGGUUGGUCUCGAGAUGCGGCACCUGCGCCUUGGAUUUCUUGAUUUUGAAAACUCCCAAGAUGCCACCGUUCACAACUUGUCCGAGAGCUUUCUGCAGUUCGAAAUUCUGGGCACCUUGGAACAGCAAGGGAAGCUGGAUCGCCUCACAUGGUACCAAGAGCCUGAAUUGAGAUUCGACGGAAGCAAUUUCCUCGUUCCCCGUAUCAGACUGAGCAAAGACCGCAAUGCUCGAUACAACUCGCGCAGGCGGCAGUUGAGGAAGAAUGUUAAUCCUCGUGAGGUCUCGGUUUCUUUGGUUCCUAGUGGAAAGGGCUUUGUUCUCGAAGAGUCUCUACACACCUCGUUGUCAUCCACUAAGCAUGGCCAGGAUAUGGUGACUUUAAGGGUCCAUUAUGCCAUGCAUCGGUCGGUGAGACUGGAAUCCUCGGAUUACCUUUUCCUCGUUCUGGGCACCGACAUCUCUUCGGGCGAAGCCAUGUUUGCCCUGGCAGAUUCGCAAAAGUCGAUUGUGCAGGUAGACCGGCAGUGGACAGCACCAUACGUUGGCAACCUAGCUGAUGGCAAGCACGCGCUGGCUGGUCUAUACACGCAGAUUAUUGCGUCAACGGUGGUGGCGGUCCUUUCCUCGGGCGACUCGCUCGUCGUACUCGACGCAGAAACGUCGCUCUCGCUAGCCCUCUCGGCUCGCUGUGAUUCAAAGGGUGUACGACUCACGCUACUCAGCACCACCAGUCCCGACUCGGACUCUAGUGCUGCGAACAAGACAGUUCGUAUCCACCCCUUCGAAUCUCGCAGAUCCAUCGAGUCAAAACUGCCGACGAGCACCACUUGCUUCCUCAACCUUUCCAGUAGCAAGGAAAACGUGACCGCGGAUGUCAUCAACAGCUACAUUCCAACGCAGUGCCGGGUGGAGACCCGUGAUUCACUGACUGCGCUUGUAGGCCAAAUCACCAGGUCCACCUCCAUGGGUCUGACUUCUGCAGUCGCAGAUAUCUUGCGUACUUGCUGGGCUAACGUUCAGGCUGUGAGACGAGACUUGACACCUUUUUCGGGCGCUGUCUUUACUCCCACCGAGCUCACUGCUACAGUUGGGAAGAUGAGUCCCAAAGUUGGCAAUGAUGCCCUUUCGGUUAUUACUGACUGGACUGCAGAAGAAGAACUAGGCGUGUUAAUCCAGCCUGCCGACUCCAUGGUAAGAUUCAAACAGGACAAGACCUAUUGGUUGGUUGGUCUCACCGGAGGGCUUGCUCUCUCACUGUGUCGUUGGAUGGUGAAUCGAGGUGCCAGAUAUGUCGUUAUGACCAGCCGCAAUCCAGUGAUUGAUAAAGAAUGGCUUCAUACCGUGGAAUCUUGUGGUGCCACGGUAAAAAUAUUUUCCAACGACGUGACCGAUCGCGCAGCAGUUAACUCAGCCUACCGCAUUAUCUCUGCCACCUUGCCACCGAUCGCCGGCGUCGUCCAAGGCGCCAUGGUCCUCCGGGAUACCAUGUUUGCCGAGACAACUAUGGAAACGAUAGAAACCGUUCUCGGGCCCAAGGUCCGCGGCAGCAUCUACCUCGACGAGAUCUUCUAUUCGACGCCUCUGGACUUUUUCGUCUUUCUGUCCUCUGUGACCUCUACAUCCGGAAACCCCGGACAAAGCAUUUAUGCCGGAGCUAACAUGUUUAUGAAUUCGCUUGCAGCGCAGCGCCGGAAGCGAGGUGUUGCUGGUUCGUCGGUAGAAAUUGGUUGCAUCAUGGGCAACGGCUCCGUCACGAGCAUUUUGAGCUACGAGCACCAAAAAUACCUCUUCUCGGUUGGGAAUACUUGGUUGAGCGAACAAGACUUCCUUACUAUGUUUGGCGAGGCGGUUCUCGCGAGCCCUCCGGACUCGUCGGACUCGGUCACCUCAGUAACUGGUCUGCGUCUUCAGUUCAAUGACGACAAGCCAGAUAUUACGUGGUUCAGCAAUCCAAUCUUCCAACAUCUAGUCCUGCAAAGUGGCAACGCCAUGCAGACAUCUUUGAGCGUGGUGAGGCAGGGUACUCCCGUAAAGACCCUUCUUCAAGACGCCAAGAGCUCCGAAGAAGUGCUUGAGAUUCUGAAAGACGCAUUCCAGGCAAAAUUGGUCUCGUCCCUCCAAGCCGACCCAGACAGCAACAUCCUAGAGGUGGAUCUGGAGACACUUGGCAUGGAUUCACUAGUCGCCGUAGACCUAAGGUCUUGGUUCCUAGCAGAGCUCUCUGUCGAUGUUCCCGUCUUGAAAAUUCUCAAUGGAAGCACAGCCCGGUCGCUGCUCGAAUUUGUCCAGGGAUUGAUUCCCGCAUCGAUGACUCCGAAGCUCGACGGCUUAGAUGGGGCCGAUACAGCACCACAACAAGCACCGCCAGUGACGAAAACUCAACCCGAAGUUUCAAUAAAACUUCCAGGAUCAGUGUCAAAUUAUCCACCGGUGGCUUCCAUCAAGCAAUCCGACUCCGCUUCCUCGUCCUCGCCAUCACCAGAAGCCCGCUCCCCAGAUCAGCCUCGGUCGGUUGCUUCAUCAAUGACUGAUGACAGGCUCGAUCUCAGCACCCCCACGACAUCCGCAUCGUUUGCAUCGCUCGAUGAUUCCAGGAAGCUCAUACGAACAGUCCCUGUCUCCUUCGGUCAGGCUCGUUUUUGGUUUUUGAGGUCAUACAAUCCAGACCCGCUGGCGUUCAACAUCACGUCGUUAAUGCGCAUUACUGGUCCCUUGCGUACUCCCGACUUUGCAAAGGCCGUCGAAAGGGUUCUCAACCACCACGAGGCACUUCGCACCUCUUUUGUGGAAGAGGAUAAUGGUCCGAUGCAGAAAAUAUGGAGCUCGCCCGCUUUUGGACUCGAGCAACGCAAGAUAAUCGAUGACGACAGCGCGGUCGUCAAGGCCUGCAAGGACGUCCAAAACACAGUCUAUAACCUUGACCAAGGUCAGACGAUGCGAAUCCUACUUCUCACCAAGUCGCCGACGCAGCAUGUACUCGUUCUCGGCUACCAUCACAUCAACAUGGACGGAGUCAGCUUCGAGGUGCUUUUCAGCGACAUCGAAAAGGCAUACAACGGCCUACCUCUGGAUCGUUCAGUUAUGCAGUUUCCCGACUUUACCAUCAAGGAGUUCAACGAGUUCAAGUCUGGCGGUUGGGAAUCUGAGCUGCAGUAUUGGAGAAGCAAAUUCACCAGCCUUCCAGAGGCAACACCACUUUUAUCCGUCUCUAAGCGAAGGUCGAGGCCCAUCAAUCUCUCGUACACAACGCAUUCAAUAAACCGCAGGAUUAGCGCCGAGCAAUCCAAGGCAAUUCAAAGCGUUUCCCGUAAAUUCAAGGCCACCCCGUUCCAUUUUUACCUAGCCGUCUUCAAAACCUUGAUCGCCCGCUUCAGUGGCACCGAUGACUUUUGCAUUGGCAUUGCCGACGCCAACAGAAAGGAAGAAAAAGUCAUGGCUGCCGUUGGACUCUAUCUCAAUCUCCUACCCCUUCGUGUGCGGAGCUCACUUGCGCAAACAUUCGGGGAAGCUUUGGUAGAUAUGAAAAGGGUGUCGCAGGAGGCAUUUGCCAAUUCAAAGGUCCCCUUCGAUGUCCUUCUUAACGAGCUCAACGUUCCACGCUCAUCAUCACAUACGCCUCUGUUCCAGACUUUUGUCAACUACCGACGAGGCAUCUCCGAAGAGCGGUCGUUCUGUGGCUGCACCGGCGCGGGCGAGCUUAUCUCUGGUGGCCAAGUUGGUUACGAUAUAAGCCUGGAUGUUGUCGAAAACCCUGACGGAGACGCUCUCGUGACUUUGAGUGUCCAGAAAGAUCUAUACGACAUGGAUAUGGCCAACCUGCUGUUUGACAGCUAUUUCCGGCUCGUCGACUCCUUUUCCAAAAAUCCUGCCACCAGUUUGAACCGCCCUGCAUUAUAUGACCCGGUGGCAGUCAAGAAGGCUUUGGAAUUGGGCUGCGGGCCCAGUCAAGACUUGAGCUGGCCAGAAACCCUGGUUCACCGAAUCGAGGACAUGUCUGUCAGAUAUGCAACAAAGUUUGCCUUGCGUAAUGGUCAGAACGCUGGCCUUACUUAUGCUCGGAUGAUUGCUCGGGUCAAUGACAUUGCAGCAAAACUUAUCAAAGCCAUGGUCGGUUCCAACCCUGGGAUUGUGGGCGUGAUGCAAGCUUCGACUAUGGACUUUAUUUGUUCAAUCCUUGCCAUUUGGAAGGCCGGUGCUAUUUAUACACCUUUGGAUCCGCGCCUCAAUUCAGUCGAUCGCCUCAGAGCCGUCGUGGACGAAUGUCAGCCAAUCUGCAUCCUGGUAGAUGCUACCACCAAGCCUUUAUUCGAUAGCCUGUCAUCCAAAGCUAUCCAGAUUGACGUAUCGGAGGUUCAAAGUUCCAAAACGCUGGAACAAUCACCAAAACUUGCGAUACAAGCCAAGGGUGCCUCGGCGGCUGCCGUCUUUUACACAAGUGGUUCGACCGGCACCCCCAAGGGCAUUUCACUGAGCCACACCUCUUUGACGUACAACAUCAUGGCCGCGACACAGCAGUUCGGCUUCAAAGAGGGCAUUGAUAUAAUGCUCCAGCAAUCGUCUUUCAGCUUUGAUAUGUCACUGGCGCAAAUGCUAACAUCGCUCUCCAAUGGCGGCACCCUCGUCGUUGUCCCGUCCCACCUGCGUGGUGAUGCUUUGGGCCUAAGCCAGCUAAUCGUGGCGGAAAAUGUUAGCAUUGUUCAGGCAUCACCUACCGAAUAUAAGUCGCUGAUCGGCGUUAACGCCCAGCAGCUCCGAACCUCCAAAUGGAGAGUGGCUUUGAGCGGUGGCGAAAAUAUGACCCAAAACCUCCUGGAAGUUUUCCGCUCCCUCGGCAAGCCUGACCUCGUCCUUUAUAAUGGCUACGGUCCAACCGAGGCCACUAUCAACGCCAACACCCGCAUAAUACCCUACCACGAACCAAACAGCAAUCCCGACCUGCCAUUGUUGACCUGGGAAAACUACUCCAUUUCGGUUGUCGAUUUGGAGCUUAACCCGGUUCCAGUCGGCGUUUUUGGUGAAAUUUGUAUAGGUGGUGCCGGUGUAGGCCUGGGCUAUUUCAAAAACGAGGAGCUUACAUCAAAGGCAUUCGUGGCGGAUAAGACGGCGCCUCCUGAAUUCUUGGCCAAGGGCUGGAAAACCAAAUAUCGAACGGGCGACCUUGGACGCAUCAGUCCCGACGGCGGUCUGAUUAUCGAAGGUCGCAUCGAUGGCGACACUCAGAUCAAGCUCCGGGGAAUCCGCAUUGACUUGCAAAAUGUUGAAUCGGCUAUCUUGGAAGCAGGCGCUGGCAAAAUCAUCGAUGUAGCCGUGUCUCUCCGCCGAGGUGGUGCUGACGAGUCGGACCCCCAGUACCUCGUCGGCCAUGUCGUACUAGAUUCCGACCAGAUUCCCCAGAACAGUCAGCAAGAAUUCCUCGCUCAAAUCGUUCCCCGCUUGAGGCUCCCCCAGCACAUGAAGCCAUCCCUGCUCGUGCCCAUCCAUUCCUUGCCCCAAACCGCCUCCCAUAAACUUGACCGUCGUGCUUUGCAGGACCUGCCCAUCUCGGAUGAGAACCAGAUUGUCCAUCAAGGUGCAGAACUUGGCUCCGAUCAGGCCGAGAUGUGGAAACUUUGGAAACAGGUUAUCCCUAGCGACGUCAGUUCCAAGUAUUCAAUCACGCCCAGGUCUGACUUUUUCCAUGUGGGCGGGACCUCGCUUCUUCUUGUGAAUCUGCAAAGUUUGAUCAGGAAAAAGCACGGCAGCGCUCCACCUUUGCACGCAAUGUUUGAAUCCAGCACAGUUGCAUCCAUGACCGACUUGGUGCUUUCAGAUAAUCCAUCCGGUAAUGGAGCCUUGAUCGACUGGGAACAAGAAACUUCGAUUCCGAUGUUGGCUCCAAACGUUAUCCCUGGCGGCGGUGCCAACAAAGUCUCUUUGCCGCCUAGGGUAGUCCUGAUCACAGGUGCAACAGGCUUCCUCGGACGGCAGCUCGUCGAAUUCCUCCUGCGUCAGCCCAACAUUACGCGCAUCCACUGCCUGGCCGUGCGUAACUCUCCUCCUUCCUCGGAGCUCCCCUUCUCGGAUCCCCGCGUUAGCAUCCACCAUGGGGAUCUCAGUGCUCCACGCCUAGGCCUCGGUGAGGAUGUCGCUGAAUCCCUGUUCGCCGAAGCCGACGUCAUCAUUCACAACGGCGCCGACGUGUCAUUCCUCAAAACGUACGCCAGUCUGCGGCCGGUCAACGUCGGCAGCACACAGGAGCUAGCCCGUCUCGCGGCCCCGCGCCGAAUCCCCUUCCACUUCGUAUCGAGCGCCAGCAUCACGCAGCUCACGGGUAAGGAUGAGUUUGGCGAGGCCAGCCUCGCGGCCUGGGCCCCUCCUGCCGACCCUAGAGCUAUGAUGGGCGGUUAUGUAGCCGCCAAGUGGGCGUCCGAAGUCCUUUUGGAAAAGGCGGCGCGUGCCUGGGGCCUACCUGUUGUGAUCCAUCGGCCAAGCAGCAUUACGGGUCAGAACGCGAAUAGCCUCGACCUCAUGGGCAACAUGUUCAAGUAUAUCGAGCUACUCGAGGCUGUGCCCGAAUCUGAUUCUUGGAAAGGAAAUUUUGAUUUCGUUUCGGUCGAGAACGUCGCUGCGGACGUCGUCCAGGCAGUCGUUGCUGCGAACGCUGCAGCCAGCGGCGGGGUGAAAUAUAUUUACGAGGCUGGAGACAUCAUCUAUCCAUUAUCGAUGGUCAAGGAUAUGUCCGAGGGUGGUGCGGAGUUACCUGUGAAAACAAUUCCAUUGGCACAAUGGGUUAAGCAGGCGGCAGAGAUGGGAUUGGAUGCCAUGCUGGCUGAAUACCUGUUGAAGGCAGCAAAGACAGGCACCGUCCUGGCCUUCCCAAAACUGCUCAAGAAUGGGCAAAGGCUCGUGUAA